CAUUUCAGACCAAUGGCUGAGACUGCUACACACUGUUAAAAUAAUACAUUUAAGUGAUUGGCAAGGCAAAUUCAGGCUGGGUAUGCACAGAUGAUCACUUGUGAAUGUGGUGAUAGUGAAUUUUAACCAAUUAAAUUAGGGCUAGUGCAGAUAUCAUGAUGUGAUAAUUGGAUGAAGCUGAGGCAAGGUAAUUAAUAUUGAAAUAUUAGAAUAUUUUACAGAUUACUUGGGGUUUAUGAUCCACCAUCCAUUUUCUUAUCCUGUUAACAUGAGGAUGAAUGCUCCAAAGAGCUGUUUUAAGUAGUUGCAACUGCCCUUAAUGGUGGCAUAAGUUACAGAAGAGUUACUUGAAUGUGGCAUAGUUAGGUAUUGGGCUCUGCUAUUUGGUUCAUUUGUACAAAACCAUGUUUCAUAAUCAGUUUGGAGGUGACAUGUCCCAUAAUUAUUGAUGGCAGUCAUGAUGCAUAGGGUAAGUAGGUACAACCAGAUAUAUAGUUUUGCAAAGUGAGUUGUAGGGGCUAAACAAUGAAAAUGAUCUAAGUAUGCCCCCAAAGUAUGCCAAAAACAGGUUUCUCAUUUUGACCACUUUCUUCCCAAAGUUGAGGCCAACUGAAAGCAAAACUAAACCCCUGGCUGCAUUAGUCAUUCAUUAUCAUUUGGAUGAAUAUAUUUCAUACAAUUCUGUAUGACACAUCCAUCAGUCUUCAAAAAUAUCCAUCCACUGUGCACUACAGGACAUUGGUGUGCUGAGCCUUGUGCUCUACUGCACUGAUUUCAGGCCAGGCCAAAUUGCAGCCGACAUGAUUGGUGACGUUCUGGCGACGAUCGGGGUAGGCGCAGUGGCCAGCGUGGUGUUCGUGUACGAUGUCGUCACUUUCCCCAUCUACUGCCUCGUCCAGCAGCCGUGGACCCAGAUCCGCAAGGCCAAAAAGAUUCGGGCCAGGCAGGUGCCGUCGGAGCCGGGCCGCUACCGCAACUACGAUCCGCCAACCGACUUCCAGCUGACGAUGAAGCGGCUGGGACUGGACACCGUGGAGAAGGUGGUGCGCUACGCCGUGAAGCAGCACGGCGACAAGCCGGGCUUCGGCACGCGCCAGGUCCUCUCCGAGGAGAACGAGCAGCAGCCGAGCGGCAAAGUCUUUAAAAAGUUCCUCCUGGGCGACUACAAGUGGACGAGCUAUGUGGAGUUUGUACAGCUGGCCGAAUGUUUCGGCCGGGCGCUCUGCGAGCGGGGCGUGCCUUCCGGCGGCCGAGUGGUCGUCUUCGCCGAGACGCGCUCGGAGUGGCUGGUGGCCGCCGUCGGCGCCUUCACACAGAACAUCACCGUGGUGACGCUGUACGCCACGCUGAGCGAAGACGCCGUAGCCCACGGAAUCAACGAGACGAAGGUGACGCACGUCAUCACGUCACACGUGCUGUGCAAGAAGCUGCAGUCCGUGCUGGCGGGCUGCGACAAGGUCACUCACGUCAUCUACAUGGAGGACCAGUUAGAGAAAACGGACACAUCCGCCACCAAGGGUGUCGAGAUGAUCCCGUUCUCCCGCAUGCUGAAGGAGGGCGAACAGUCGACACUGGAGAGCCAUCCUCCCACCAGCGAAGACAUCGCCAUCAUCAUGUAUACGUCGGGCUCGACGGGCACGCCUAAGGGGGUGAUGGUGUCCCACUACAACAUGGUCUCCACCAUGACCGGGUUCGCCGUGGCCAUCGACAUCACUCCAGAGGACGUCUACAUCGGCUACCUGCCGCUGGCGCACGUGCUGGAGCUGAUGGCAGAGAUGUGCGCCGUCAUGUUCGGCGUGCCGAUCGGCUACAGUUCGCCGCUGACGCUGAUGGACAAAUCGAGCAAGGUGAAGCGCGGCUGCCGGGGCGACUGUUCGGUGCUGCGGCCUACGCUCAUCGCCGCCGUGCCCAUGAUUCUGGACCGCGUGGCGCAGGGCAUCAAGGAGCAGAUGCACGCCUCGGGCCGGGUUGUGCAGGCCCUGUUCCACUGGGCUGUACAGUAUCGCAGCAGGUGGCGGAGGCGCGGCUUCUCCACACCCAUCCUGCACCGGCUGCUCUUCAGUCGGAUCGCCGCGCUACUGGGCGGCCGCGUCCGGGCCAUGGUAUCGGGCGGUGCCCCGCUCUCCGAGGUCACUCACGACCUCAUCCGCUCCUGUAUGGGCGCCAGCGUCAUGCAGGGGUACGGCCUCACCGAGACCACCUCGUGCGCCACGCUGAUGGACGAGUUCGACGUGGCCGUGGGCCGCGUGGGCCACCCGGUCAGCUGCUGCGACAUCCGGCUCAUCGACUGGGAGGAGGGUGGCUACCGGGUGCGCGACGAGCCGCACCCGCGCGGGGAGAUCGUCAUCGGCGGCGACAACGUUACCAUGGGCUACUUCGAGCAGCCGGAGAAGACGGCCGAGGAAUUCAGCGAGGCCGACGGCCGCCGCUGGUUCCGUACCGGCGACAUUGGCAUGUUCUACCCCAACGGCACCCUCAAGAUCAUCGACCGCAAGAAGGACCUGGUGAAGCUGCAGGCCGGCGAGUACGUCUCGCUGGGCCGCGUCGAGUCGAUCCUGAGCACCAGCCCGCUGGUGGACAACAUGUUCGUGUACGGCGAAUCCUCCAAGAACUUCGUCAUCGCCAUCGUGCUGGCCAACGCUAAGCAGCUCAGCAUGCUGGCCAAGGAGGUGCUGGGUGGCAACGCUGUCGGCAGGAGCUACGAGGAGCUCUGUGAGAUGGAGCAGCUGGAGGAGGAGGUACAGAAGAGGCUGGCCAAGCAUGCCAGGCACGGUCGGCUGGAGAAGACUGAGAUCCCGGCCCGCGUUGGUCUGACCAGCGUGGCCUGGACGCCGGACAACCACCUGGUCACGGCCGCCUACAAACUCAAGCGGAAAGAGCUCAGCAACUACUACAAGGACGCCAUCCAGCGACUGUACAAGUAGAUCGUGCGGCCGGUGGUGGCCGCACCCCACCACACGUGACCGGGGAUCUAGAGUGCGUCCGGCCACAAGUGACCGGGGAUCUAGCUGUCUCCUGUCACCCAUCCUGCCACUGGCGACAGCGGGUCUUUACGCGCCCUGUCUUGCUCGGCCUGCCCUCUGCCAGUCGCAUCUCCGGGCCAAUGCGCACGCGCGCGUUCACCAGACGGGUGCGACUGGUGAACAGCGUGGGUCCAGCGGUCUGCCAGCUCCUUGCCGAGGACAGGCCUCGGGUGCCUGUCACCUCUGCCUGUUACGUCCAUCGAUGGGUCUAUCGAUCGGUUCUACGAAUGCUUGCUCGCUGCUCGGGCUGGCCGCGGCUUGAUUUGUUUUGUAAUGACUGCGUGACGUGAGUUUGAGGACUAAACAAUGAUGUACAAGGUGUUUGCGGACAUGCCCUAUUGGGGAAGAAGUGAAGCGUUUGCUUGCCGCGAUUUUCCGCCGGCUUUGUAGUGUUCUGAGACGGUUUAGUUGCCCCGGCUGGGACGACACUGGCGGGUGCGUCACGGC